UUUUGGGACCAAGAACCAGCUCUUGAGCUGAAGAGAACGGGUUGCCCGUCAUGGCGCACCGCACCACGCGGGUGGUCCGUGCGUCGGUGAGUCUCCUCUGCGUGGCGUGGGCGCUUUGGCCACAGAGCUUUACGACGCCCAAGGCACCAGUGCCGCGAGCAUCGCGAGCGCGAGGACCCAGGUGGUGCAUGGACCCGGAACCUCGGCUGCUCCGCCGGGCUGAAGGUGGAGAGGGUGCUCCCAAGAGCCGCUACGACGCACCGGACGACCUGACUGCGCCGGUGCUCUGCGAAAGGAGCUCGAGCGGCCUGGCGUGGCAAGUCCUGGAGAAGGGCGGCAAGGGGACGCCUCCUCUCUUGGCAGACACCGUCAUCGUGAGGUAUACCGGGUGGAAGGCUGAAGACGGAUCACUGAUUGAUAGUUCCUACCUUCGGCAGGAGACGACCAAGGUGAAGAUGACGAGUGUCAUCCCAGGCUGGAAGGAGGGCCUCAUGAUGAUGUCGCCCGGGGAGAAGCGAAGGUUCUGGAUUCCCGCCUCUUUGGGCUUUGUCGUGGACGACGACAUGGAUCUCGAAGAGGCACCGGGGCCGCCCGGCGACUUGAUCUACGACGUGGAGUUCGUUGGGGUGACAGAGCCUGAGGCUGAUCCCAUCUUCGUUUACGUGGCGGGCGCAGGCGUUGUUCUCUUUGCGUUGACGGCGCUCUUCACGGCGGUGAACGAGGAACCUGAGAGGCCCGAGUAUGACACCCAGGCACCCUUCUCCAUUUUUGAACGGCCAGACAAGUGAGCGCAGCGUCGAAGUUCCGCGGCACCGGGCACGCGAUCCGCAGCAACUUUGAACCGCUGCAGCAGGAUCGCAGGACUGUUGACAAGUUUGCGAUGUGACGUGGGUGUGAUAAAUGCUGCUGGAGAUGGGUGGUCAAAACCAGCUUGAGGAUGGUUGAGGCGUUGAGGUGC